AUGGAGCAGCUUCGGUCAGCCAUGGAGGAGCACAUGGAGCAAAUGGCAGAUCUCGUCCAGAAACUCUCCGCAGAGUUACGUUCUGGUCUUAAACCCGCUUUGGACAAUUUCUUGGGUUUUUUCCACGCUAUCAACUGGAAGGAACCUUGGUUGAUGGGUUUAAUCGGCAUCCAUUUUAUGUUGCUGAUAGUGGCUAUUACUUCCAGGAAGAAUCUUAACUUCCAAAUGUUUUUGUUCCUUUUGGCAUUCGAUCCCUGA